UCAUAAUAUCUGUAUUUUCUGUAGCCCAGCCCGGCGGCCCGGCGUGCUUCCUUUCUGCGUCCAAGGCAUAUAGCGUCCAGUGGUUUCGCCAUGACGCUGUUGAUACCGUUGCUUGUUUUGAUGAAUUCCUGUUCGUCCACGGGGGCUGACUUUCAUGGUUGGAUGCGGAAAGUCCGCGAGGAGCCGCCUCUGUUCGAGAUUGUCGAAGGGGAGCAGCAGGGCACUAGCCCUGUCUGGGGAUCUUUUGUCGACAAAUACGCAAGCCAAGGCUACGGUUUUCUUGAGCUGUACACCAAUGAAAGCUACUCAGACCGCGACCAAGCAUUCAACGCGGGCAUAUUCGAAGGCUAUGCAACGGCGGACAGAGCGCUGAUGCACUACGACAACUUAUGGAAGCAGUACUGUGCUCAUCAACCCGACGGCUGCGUCAAACUAUUCCAGUUCAUCGGUGCUACGCUGAACUUCAUGCAGCAGCAGGUCAUGGAGCUAGCGGAAAAGGACCCCUACUGGCACCAGGUUGACAUGGUUCUGACACAGCUGUACGCCAUUAGCACCGGCAUCAACGCUAAGAAGACGAAGCAGCGCUUCUUCUCAGUGCAAGACCUCAACAGCGUCGGUGCCAGCAUGGUGUUGUUCCUAAACCUGGAUGGCGAAGUGGAUGACAUAGAAGCCCGUCUGCGACCGGUGGCCACUUCGGACGUCCACGACGAUGAGCCAAUGGCCGGGCGACGCGCCGACUCGGCGCUGGUCAAGCUGCUGACUGGAAACAAGGACCUCCUGAUGUCGCACGUGAGCGGCGGUCCGUACGCCGGAAUGACCAAGAUCCUAAAGAAGUACUGGCUUAACCUGCACACCACAGCUAAGUCUAGUGAGAAGAUUUCGGGCAACGUUCAUGCAACAUCAUCUAGUCCCGGAAAGCUCACCUCAGGGGAUGACUUCUACCUCCUUUCCAAUGGACUUGCACUCAUGUCCACGGGUAUCGAGGUCCACAACAACUCACUGUACCGCUUCAUCACACCAAACUGCGUGUUCGAGUUUGUGCGUGCCAUUGUCGCCAACCGACUAGCCACGUCGGCCAGGGAUUGGAUCGACAUUUACAGCAAGAACCCCAGCGGCACCAACAACAAACAAUGGAUGAUCAUCGACUAUAACAAGUUUAAAUCAGGACAGCAACUCCCGGAUGGAUUACUCUGGAUCCUGGAAUCCUUGCCCGGCUUCAUCCACACGGAGGAUGUGACGGCUGUGCUCCGGAAGCAGACCUACUGGCCAAGCUACAACAUCCCGUACUCUCCCUUGAUGUUCCAGCUGAGUGGUGCGCCGUUCAACGUGCAGAAGUACGGUGACUGGUUCACUUACGACAAGAACCCGCGGGCGCAAAUUUUCAGGCGGGACCACAUCAAAGUUGCCGACACACAUUCCAUGGUCACAUUGAUGAGGUAUAACGACUUCAAGCACGACCCUAUCUCCAAGUGUCUCUGCAUUCCGCCGUUCAGUGCCGUGAACGGCAUAUCAGCCCGCAGUGACCUCAACAUGAUGCCUGGCCGUUACCCUUUCUCUGCUCUGGGGCCGGCCUCUAGAGGAGGCAUAGACAUGAAGAUGACGAACGCGUCUCUCGCCACUGGACUUGGGUUGAUUGCUGUGGCUGGGCCGACGCACGACCAGCAGCCGCCGUUCCGCUGGUCCACGUCCGGGUUCCACGACCUCCAUGCGGGACAGCCAGACCUGUGGAACUUUGCGCCGUUCGUCUGUACUUGGGGAAAAGGCAACUGCCAGCCAUAGGCUGGCAGCGUAAUAAAGUUGUCUUUCGUUUUGUUUGAUU